GUGUGACAAGGACAGACAAACAUCCCAGCUGAAAUGUUCCUGCAGGGAGAAAGUACUGCCACCUUCAAACUGGAUGUGUCGUUCCUCUGCAACAGAUUGAAGUGCAUGUGAGGUAUCAAAAUGGAUGAUUUAGAUCACAGCAUGCACAUUGCGGAGUUCGAUUGGACCAGCUUCUACGAUGAGAGUGAAGAGUGCGGCCUCCUGCGGCCUUCGCUCGCCCGCCCAGAUAGCUCGCGCCUCAGCGAUUCAGAGGAGUCAGAAAACUCAGAGUCAGUCCUCAGCUCGGGCCUGCGGGCGAUACAGCAGAGCCCUGAUGUGAACAGUGACAGAGCUGAGAGCAACGCUGCGGCAGGAGAGAGCUGUGCGAAGCUGUCGACAAUGCUGCACGAGACAGAAGAACCAGUGACGCAGGUGGAUCAGGAAAUGUGCCUCGAGCUGCAUGUGCAGGCUGCAGAGGACGUCACAGAGGAGACACGUGAAAACAUUACAAACACACUGCAAACUGGAACACGACAUGUUCAGUGUUCUUCAGUGAAAACGGAGGAUGGAGGUUUCCAAACAGAAGCCGAUAUUUCCGGACAUGAACCUGAUCAUAUGUUCCCCGACCGAGCAGAACUAGAUGUGACUGGGCCACACGCUGCAGCCGUGAGCGAGGACGAGAGCGGUGUCGCUCCACAAGCGGAGAGGGAGCGCUGGUUUGUGACAUUGGACUGCAGCCCUGCACGACGGCGGGUGGGUGCCGCCGCUGGGAAAAAAAAACGAAGACAAAAUAACCCAUGUAAGAAACGUCACAUGUGCGGCCACAGGCAGGAGAAAUCUCUUGGAAACGGCAUGGAGUUAGAGAUCGACGAAGAUAAGAGUGAACCUGCAGGAAAAAGAGUCGUGGGGGGCUUCACUAUAUCGAACCAAAACCUGGUUCAAAACUCGGGCGGGCAUCAGAGUGCUGAAAUAAAUGAUGAGAGCAUUUCAGAUCUGUUGCUGACGUCUUGCGAUGUAGAGAACGUAUCAGAAAAACUUGUGAUCUCUCACUCCACCAAAGAAAAUAUAACUGAGGCAACGAUGGACGGAAACAAACACGUAGCAGGCAGCUCGGCAUCCACAUCACACGACAAGUUAACACCCAAAGAGCCUUCACAGGCGGAGAGUGCAGACUCAGACGAGUCUGAAGAUGGUGUUGAGUUCUUCUCCAUUCACAGCUAUGACUCUGAAGGUUAUUUGUCUGCUACUGAAUCAGUGGAGGACACUCAGGACUUUCGGCCUGCAGAUCUAACACUGUUGCAGCGCUCGGUGUCUCUGAAAGAUGCCGACAGUACACGGGAAACACAAAUGCAUGCUCGUCCAAACGCUCUCUCCUGCAAUGUAGCAGCUGCCAACUGUGACAGUUACGAAUGCAACGACGGUGUUGAGCCUGAACUGAUGUUUCCAUCUGCUGGCCAAACAGCCAACAAAAUGCCAGAUGACGACUCUGCGUGUGAUAUUCCCACACACAGCACAGAGCUCCACAUGCUCUCGGACACAACGGGACCCCAGGAAGAGAAAAUUAAUCUUUCAGCAUCUGGUAGCUCUUCAGGAGACCAGCUCAGUCCUCUCCCUGUUCCCGAUUUGACUGUAACACCUUGCCCCGCGGCCAACAGCCCUGAAACAUACGCCGAGGUCGCGGGCCACACUCGACCCGUGUUCGCCAUUUCUGCCUUCUGGGACGAAAUGGAAAAGCUGACGAUAAACGACAUUUUGCAGCUCAGGAUGGGCAGAAGCACGCCUCCCGGAGAAACACAAGAAACGGUGACAGCACAUGCUGAUGAAUGUUCAACAAGCCACGACUUUCUGGCUGACACCGCGCAGUAUAAUUCAUGUGAUGGCGGUCUCAUGGAGUUGUCGGACACGGCCGACUCAGACUAUUUCACGCAGCCUGACGAGUCCAAGCCAGAUCGCUCGAGCUGUGAGUUUUCCACCUCGGAUUUUGAAGAGGAGUACUGGCAGUUCAUUGGCACCAGUAGGAACCCCAGUCCCGAUCCUCACAGCAAGAGCCAAGACAGGACGAGUGACUCUCUUCUUUUAUCCCAUGAGGGGAGGGAGACGACAAGCUCCGAGGGGAAGGAGACGAGUGUCCCUUUGGAGGAGUUUGCGCGGCAGUGUUUCGAGGAUCCGGAGUCACACAGUUUGAGUCAAAUCGCAAGACGGAUGACAAAAAGCAAAAGUAUGCACAAUGUUCAAGCUCUCAACAAAGACAGUUUAACUGUUCUCUUUGGUCAUGAGGAGAACGGUCUGUUUCUCAGCAGGUGUCAGUCUCUGGAGGAAAUCAUGGUUUGGAAAGUCAGCGAUAGCCAGGGAACACUAAUACCAACGCCUUUUCUUUCCGGUUUUGAAGCAGACGUGCCGGGUGAACAUUUUCACACAUGCUUCCCAGAAGUGUUUGAAUGUGUUAUCACGGAGGAUAAAGCAAGGAAUGACUCCUGGGGCGUCACCGUCUAUAAUCCAGAGGACAUCUCAGUGGCUCCUGUGUUUGACUACACUCUUUGUGCGUUGAUGGAUGAUGUGUCACUCUCUUCCCUCCGUUAUUCCCUUUGCGGUGAGGAGAAACCCAUCCCUAUAUUCUCCUGUUGUUCUCCCACCAUCAGAGAAAUCACAUUCCCAAAACCAGACUAUGUUUUCUUGAGUGCGGACUGCAAACGAGAGGAGGUGGACAGCCUCUCUCCAAUAAGAGUUGUGUCUCGCUCUUUCAUCCAGUGUGGGACAUCUGCACCUGGGUCUCACGGCUGGAAAAGUGCGCCGUCUAUGAGGAAGAUCAGUUUCCACGACAAAGGUAGUAUCUGGUGCGGGAGGUCUGGCGCCUGGGUGUUUCCAGUCGGCGCUGAGAAGAUGGAGGGAAAUGACCCAACAAUCACUGUGCUCUCUGAGAGGAAAGUCUCUCUGACUCCUUCUCAGAUGUUCAGAGAUCACGUAGUCCAGCAGAGCAUUCUGGAAAGUUCGCACACAUCAAGACGAGAGGGCAUCUUCUCUACGCUGAGGCAGUCAGACAUGUGUUUGGUCUGCAUUGCCUUCGCCUCCUGGGUUCUGAGAUCUUCUGAUCCAGAGGCCGCGGAUGCCUGGAAAGCAGCUCUGCUGGCGAACGUGAGUGCGCUGUCAGCUAUCCAGUAUCUGCGGCAGUACGUGAAGAAUAAGAGGCCUCUUCAAGACCAUCCCUGAUACAUAAUGUACACAACAAGUCAUUUCCAAACAUUUUUCACCUGGGUCCAUCUUUUUUAUAGAUGGACCCAGGUGAAAAAUGUGUUCUGCACUGUAUGUAAAUGUCAGGUACUGUACCUGCUAAAUAUGUACUGUUUCAGCAACAAUACAGCACGCUAAGGUAGAAGUUAGUGAACAGAUGUUUUAAAGUUUGUUUGUUGUUUUUCAGCAUUAAAUUGGACAGAUAAUGUGCGAUGAUUACAAUUAAAAUCAGAGCUAAAGAUAAGGACCAGAAAAACAAAUUAUAAAGGCAAAUUAACAAAAAUUAAAUAGAUGCUAAUAUAAGUAUAAAUAUGUAGUUAUUAAAAAUAACAAUUACAGUAUACUGUAUGAAAGACUUGUUUUAAGGCUUUAUAUCGUCAUUGGCAUGUAUGAGUAUGAGGGUAAAGUGCAGAGGGCAGGAUGAGGACCACACUGUACAUGAAAACAUUUCAGCUGAAUUUCAGACUUUUCAUAACUUUGAUUUGUCAGUUUUAGGUAAACUGAUCUUGAUAAACGGACCACAAUGUUGGCACACAAGCUCAAUAGUUUUAGCACUUUGCGAAAUGUCCUGUUUGUGCCUUAAUCAUCCGUUUGUGUGUUAUACAGCUGCAGUCGAGCUACGAGGUAAUAACAGCUUGUAGGUUCUGUGAAGUUUAUUCGUAGAGGAUGACAAUGGGGAUAAAAGCACGAGAAAAAAGUCACGACGGUGACGUUGGUCUGGUUUUGUUUCGUAUGUAGUAAGAAAAUACUAAUUAUGGUGACUGAGCUGUGUGAUUGGAAAACUCCCAACACUUCAGUGACUUUUCAUGUUUAAACCAUUUCAUUUGAAUAAUGAAAAGUACCAUAUAGCGUUAAACAGUAAGGAAAAGUCAAAACUAUUUUCGGUAUCAGAUUUUGUUUUGUGCUUCACAAGUUCUUGGAUUAAUCUCAGGACUCCUUCAGGGUGGGAAACCACUGGUCUAAAAUCAUGUAUAGUGACAAGACCAGUGCAGCAUCAGCUAUGAUUCAAAAAGAAAAACAGAUCUAAUCACACACUGUUUUCUCAUCAGUAGUUUUGACUGUUUACAUAACUACACAUAAUAAAAAAAUCACACCACACAAAUGCUUUCAAGUAUUGAUGCUUAAUGAUUGGUUGUUGUCUGUGACUGUUGAACAAACAUUCUGUGUAAAGAACUUGUUAGAAUAAGUAAUAUUUCUUGUCUAAUAAAACUUGGCCCAUAUGAAUUUUCCAUAUAUGACAGAUUUGGUGUAAUAAAUGAUUUAAUGCAAUGAAACCAUGAAUACUAUAUCUAAUUCUCUGCUCUAUCUAAAUUAAUGGGUGAAAAAAAAAAACAAUAGCUGAAGGUUUAAUGCUUUUUUUCUACAGUUUAUACUUUUUUUUUACUCCGCACAGAAGAAAUAUACAUGCAAGGAAGAUAAAGUGUCACUGCAGAAAUAUUUAUUGAAAUAAAUAUGCAAUGGAUACACUUCGUAUUAUAUCACAUAAAUAUUGAAUGUAGAAGCAGGUUUUUUUUUAUUAUUUCAUUGUCAUGACAAAGAUUUAAUUUCUCCACUUCUCAUUGAAUAUGAAGUUAAUACACUGUUCUAAUAAAACUUUGGGUCUGUAGUGACAGGUCGUGGUCCAAUUAAUAAUCAUCUCUCCUUAUAACACUAUAUGUCGUUUAUUUUAGCUUAUAAUUUACUGCUAUCGUGCUGAAUCGGGGGGGGGGGGGUGUGUUCACA